AUGACCAAUUUUUUGUUCGCAAAGAAUAAGAUUGGUUUCGUUGAUGGCACCCUCCAUAAACCCGACAAAAGUAACGAGAAGUAUAUGGCGUGGAUGCGGUGUGAUGCCAUGAUCAAAGGAUGGCUCACUACCACCAUGGACAAGGAGAUACGAAGCAGUGUGAAGUAUGCCAACACUGCCCUCGAAAUCUGGAAUGAUUUACACGAAAGAUUCGGGAAGGAAAGUGCUCCAAGAGGAUAUGAACUCAAGCAAUCCAUCACACAGACACGUCAAGAAGGGACCUCUGUUUCAGCCUACUAUACCAAACUCAGAGGUAUAUGGGAUGAAAUAGAUUCCAUUUUGCCGACUCCUCGAUGUGAAUGCGAUGGCUACGAGUGUAAUAUCGGAAAGAAAAUUACUGAACUCAAGGAAAAAGAAAGACUCUACGAGUUUCUAAUGGGUCUUGAUGCCGAAUUUUCAGUCAUGAGGACCCAAAUACUAGCCACCAAGCCGACGCCUAGCCUCGGGAUAGCAUACCAUCUGGUGGCGGAAGAUGAACAACAGCGAAGUAUUGUUGCUGGAAGAAAGAUCACGACCACUCCAGAUGCCGCUGCCUUCCAAGCCUCGCAGCAAGUCAGCUGUGAGAAUCAGAAUCACAAAAAGAACUGGCAAAAGACCGACAAGACAAGCUCUAACAAUAAAUCCGGACACUGCACCUUUUGUGGCAAAGAUGGACACGUUAGAGACGGGUGCUUCAAGCUUGUCGGAUACCCGGACUGGUAG